AUGGAUAUUGGAUUCGGCGAUCCUAGUUUGUCUAGCACUCAACUCAGACAAAAAGCCUAUUCUGUAAUAAAGAACAGUGAUAGGCCCCUAGCAAGUAGUGAAAUUGAGAAAUGGAUUAGAAACAAUGAUUAUGAUCUUUGGUGUAAGGUUUCCAACAAAUGCAAAGAUUAUGUUCGUGUCAUAUUGAGCCAAACAAGAGGACGUAUCAUUGCCAAGUUUAAAGCCCUCAAACCUGUUCCUGGUAUUGAUAAGCGCUCAACUUUUUACGGACUCUACGGAAGGAGCUAUCCGGCAGAUGCAUGGGCAACACUAUCUGAUGGAUCAAAGCAUAAGCCGAGACAUCAUGAUGAUGAAGAUUUUGAAGAAAAAUAUCAAAAUGCCAAAGAGGAAGUAUCACAGUAUAGCGAUGAUUCCCAAGAUUCAUCUGCCCAAAUAUCGGAAUUACCAAAGAAGAUAUCUCCAACUCCAGUAAAACCAAAGGAAAGAAUUCUCCUACCUCCGUUACCCCCGUUCAAUGCAAAUCUGGCAAAUCCUUCUAUACUCCCAUCAGUUUUACUUCCAAACCUUUUCUUGCAGCCAUCAAAUAUCAACCAAGUUGGCGUAUUGCUUAAUUAA